AUGAAAUUGCGAAUACUGACGUUCAACCUCUUUUUCGAUGAGGUGGCACGUUUUGUGCGCAUGAAGGCGGUCGGUCGAUUGGUCGAAACUACACGUCCUGCCGUCAUUGGGUUUCAAGAGGUCACACGCGCGACGUUGACGAUGCUUAAAGCUCAGAAUUGGGCGAAAUUUUACGACUGCAGUGUCGAUACUGCACCACCUUUCCAAGAGACGUAUUUUGUGGUUUUAUUCAGUGCUUUACCAGUAAAAUCACUUGAAACGCACCCAUUUGCUAAUACGAGUAUGGGUCGUGAACUUGUGUUUAUGCAUAUUGAACCCAUUCCAGGCAAAACCCUAAUCGUCGGAACGUCUCAUCUCGAAAGUUUACCCAAAUUUGCAGGACCUCGAGUGUCCCAAUUAAAGGAAAGUUUGACACUUUUACGGGACAGAGUAAACAAUGGAGAAAAUGAUGAUGCAGUGACAAUUGGUAACAAAAGACCGAUCAAUGAAAAUAAUACUAGUGUUUGUAUGGGGGCAGUGUUUAUGGGGGACACAAAUUUAAUACGUGCAGACAUGAAGCUCCUGGAUCGACGUCUUGCAGAAAUUGCUGAUUUGGAUGUGGAAUUCUCCAAAACUGGACGAGCCAAGUGUCGCACUUGUGGAGAUCCUAUUGACAAAGGGGUGGUGCGCGUGGGCAAGAUGAUGAAAGAAAAGGUUGCUGGUGGAAAGGUGUUCGAGAUUCGAACAUGGCUACAUGAUAAUUGUUUUCUGAGUACACCAUCGACGAUGGAAAAAGAAAAAUUGUUGGUGCGACGAAAAAAGAAGCAGCUGCUUGGUGAAGAGCCGGAUAAAGAUGACGGAAAGGAAUUGGACAUGGCUACAGUAGGACUACCGAAUGGCUGGAAAGAUCUUUGGUUGUCGGUACCUGGCAACACGGAGGAGAAUGGCUACACCUUUGAUGGCACGCGGAACACCCUAGUCACGAGUCGGUCAUUCCGCAGUCGACUGGACCGUAUGUACUUUUACUCAGCGCCAACUGAAGAAGCAGUAAAAUGUGUCUUUGACGAGAUUGUGAUCGUCGGUCAAGAGAAAAUUGCAGAUGGUCUUUGGCUAUCGGACCACUUUGGGCUACUUAGUACUUUUGUCAUUCGCGAAGAAGAUGACAAGAGAGACGCUACUAAGAAAAGUGGAAGUAAGAAAGCGAGAAGAACAGAAUUGGGCUCGCAAGUUGGCUCGACACGUUCUCCAAUUUUGAUUGAGUAG